CACCAGCUUGAUGGAUCAUGUACGUUUAUAUAGAGGGGUGUUGGUAGGUUGCUGAAAGGGUUGCUUCUCCACUAAAAAAAUUCAUCAGCAAAUGCUCCACUACUAUACUAUUCAGCUCGAUCGCACUAGCUUAGCUAAGCUUGCUUAAUUAGCUCAAUUACCUAACUCGUAUUAAGAACACUAACACAAACACAUACACAAUCCGAACACAGCUGCUUCUUCUCCAACUAGCUACCUACCUAGCUCGCUUCCUUUGGCUCUCAAGCUUCUCAUCGUACGUCUCCAAUGGCUGCUGCUUCUACUGGGAAUAAUGGGAGCCCGCCGGUGGCGCUUCUGGUGCUGAUGGCGGCGGCGAUGGUGGCCGGGUGGUUCGUGAACGCCGUCCGGCCGCCGCCGCCGACGCCGUGCGGGGCGGAGGGCGGGCCGCCGGUGACGGCGGCGAGGGUGCGGGUGCGGGACGGGAGGUUCUUGGCGUACGCGGAGUCCGGCGUGAGGCGGGAGGCGGCGCGGUUCAAGGUCGUCUACUCGCAUGGCUUCUCCGGCGGCCGCAUGGACUCGCCCCGCGCUUCCCAGGCGUUGCUGAAGGAGUUGGGGGUGUACAUGGUGGCGUUCGACCGGGCGGGGUACGGCGAGAGCGACCCUGACCCGAGGAGGUCGCUGAGGAGCGCGGCGAUGGACAUCCAGGACCUCGCCGACGCGCUCCAGCUCGGCCCCAAGUUCCACCUCAUCUGCUCCUCCCUCGGCUGCCACGCCGCCUGGGCCUCCUUCAAGUACAUCCCCCACAGGUUGGCCGGGGCGGCGAUGAUGGCGCCGGUGAUCAACUACCGGUGGCCGGGGUUGCCGAGGGGUUUGGCACGGCAGCUGUACAGGAGGCAGCCGGUGGGUGACCAGUGGUCACUGAGAGUCGCCUACUACGCGCCAUGGCUGCUGCACUGGUGGAUGAACCAGACCUGGCUGCCCACCUCCACCGUCAUCUCCGGCUCCGGCUCCUUCCCCAACGCCCUCGACGAGAAGAACCGCCUCAUGGCCCUCUCCACCGGACUGUUCCAGAAGAAGGCGAGGAUGGCGACGCAGCAGGGGGUGCAGGAUUCGUUCUACCGGGACAUGGCGGUGAUGUUCGGCCGGUGGCCGGAGUUCGAGCCGGCGGAGCUGGAGAAGCCGCCGUUCCCGGUGCACCUGUUCCAGGGCGACGAGGACGGCGUCGUGCCGGUGCAGCUGCAGCGCCACAUCUGCCGCCGCCUCGGCUGGAUCAGCUACCACGAGCUCGCCGGCGUCGGCCACUUCCUCUCGGCGGUGCCGGGCCUCGGCGACAGGAUCGUCACCACGCUCCUGCCGGCGGCGGCGUAACAGCUCAGCGACGGCACAGGCAAAAUGCUGAAGAGAAGCAUUUUGUGUGAGCUCAGCUACACUGUACCGUACAAAAGAGAUUGAUGAGAUUAUGGAUGAUCUAUAUAGUAUUAUCAUUAAGAUUUAAGAGGGCAAAUGACUGAUGCCAUUGUACAUAGAUUCUCAACAUCUUUACCAGAAAACAAAUCCCAACCAACUCCUGCAAUUUACAUACAGCUACAAAGAGGAGUAACUGGUGAUUUUGGGGC